AGAAAAGACGAGAGGGUGAGGGAGCAGGAGAUAAGUAUCUCCUUGGGGAUCCUGUGCCCUCUUCCUUUAAAGAAAAAGGGCUGAGAAUCAAAACAUGGGGGUACAAUGCAGAUAUUUGGACAGAUAUUUCCUUGUGAUAGAUGAAAUCUCAACUCGUCGGUAUGAUGUGCUCACAGGAGCCUAUAUUGAACUUCAGCACCUGCUUAAGAGGAGGACCUAUUUCGGAUGCGGAACUUUCUUGAAUAAUACCACUGGGGAAGAAGUGGUUUUGGUGGCAGGAGGUGGGGGGCCACUUUAUACAACUUCUAUACCAGACUGUGAGGUAUACACUCCAUCCCUGGGCACCUGGUCUAGUAUUUCACCUCUUAAUCAAUCAAGAGUUGCUGGACAAAUAGUCACAAUGGCAAGUGGUGUUUUCAUUGUUGGAGGAUGGGCAGGGGGCAUCGGGGAUAUUCAAGUGGAAGAACUAGAUACAACAACCCUGACCUGGAAACAGGUGAUCCCAGCAGUAAGGGCUGGAUGUGAGGGUGCUGUAGUCGCAGUUCCAGAGGGAGUAGUUUGACGAGGAUUGCUUUGAUUCUGAAUACUUUUUGACGCCAUCAGAGAGAACAAUUUAGCUUUUAACUAUAUUACUUUGUUUGUUUGUUAGUAAUAGUAUGUAAGUAUCCAAUAAAAAUCACACUGCAAACUCGA